CUCCAUCUGUAAUCACCUGGGGUCCGUUUCACAAAAGUAGGAUUCAGACAUCCAGGAUAAGUAAGUAAGCCUGGCUCAACCAAUCCAAAACAACAGAGUUCAGGCUUAAUUGGUUCCACAAACGCCAAGCCAGGAUAAGUAGACACGGAUUCAUCAAGCCAGGUGAAACUAAUCCUGGAUAAGUUGCAAAACAUGGCUCCUUAAAUAGACCCUGUAAUUGAUCACAGAUUCACUGAUUCACCAUGGCAUCACGUGCAGCAUACUUCUCCCCAUCGGAGCAGGACAUAAUUAUGGAGGCCUACGAAGAGGUAAAAGAACAAAUUAAAAAGAAAGGAAACACUGCCACCGCCAUCAAACAAAGAGAGAAAGCAUGGCAAAGUAUUGCAGACCGCCUGAAUGCGUAUGUAUUGCACAAACACACACUCACUACUCUGCUGAAUCCAUCACAAUUACAAUCCAAAUAGUUAAUUAACAUUCCCAAAAACGUAGUUAUACUCUGAUUAUGAAACUGCGAGUGAAAUGGACUGUAGAUGUGAAAUUAUGUAAAUGCAACUACAUAUUUGCUCCUCAGUUAUUUCAUUCACUAUCUAUGUGUGUGUGUGUGUGUUAUUUAUUUUGUCUUAAUUAAUUUAUUAUUCUUAGAUUAAACAUGACUGGGCCCAAACGAACUUGGCAACAAGUCAAGAUCAAAUAUAAGAACAUCCUGCAGAAUGGUAAGUGACCUGACAAAUACUAUGCACGUGCGUACAUUGUACCCAGAGGGUGCCUACUCACAUAUUGUCUGUACUUAUAGCUGUUAAAAAAAAAAACCCACAAGCAAGGCACGGGUGGUGGGUCACCACCAGCUGACCUCACCCCUGCAGAGGACAGAGCCCUGGAACUUAACAGAGGCAGGCCUGUGUUAGAGGGGAUCCCUGGGGGGACAGACUCAAAUAUAAAUCCCUCCCAGGAAGAUGCCUCCCUCUUCAUUAAAGGUACAUUCUUCCAUCUUUACAUGGGACAUAACCAACCAUUCAUAUUGAAUCCAUUUGGACUAUCUGACUCUGUUUUACCUUGCAGUAUCUGGAAACACCAUCUCACUGUUGGAGCCUCCAACAGUGGCGUCACCAAUACCAGAGGAUGAUGAUCCAGUGAGUCCUCCAUCAAAGUCAUACUGUAAGCCUGGCAUGUCUCAUCUGCUUGCUUUAAUAUGAAUCCCUUUUAAAUGUGAUAGGGUGAAGGCACCAGUGGAGCAGCAGGAGCAGCAGAUGAAGUCGAUGAGGAGACUGUGUCUCUUGAUUCAAGAAGGUUUGAGGUAUCAUGUCAAAUGAAAGUACUCAUUCAGUCUACAAUGGUGAGAAGUCAUCAUCAUCUGGAGCCCACACAAAAUGUCAUUUCUGUAACAGGACCCAGAUGCUCUACAGGAUGAAAGCCAGCCUUGCAACAUAGUGAGUAUUUAUGGAAGUACAUUCCCAUCAUGCAAAAUUCCUGCUGUGCUGAUUAUUAUGUGUUUACAGAACUCACAAGCUAUCAGACAGCUGUAUGCCACACAUCUGAAACGGCAAAUACAACUGGCCGAUCUGGACAUUGAAUACAAAAGAAGACAGAUGGCAGACCUCUCCGUGGAGUCCGAAAUUAAAAGGAGGAAACUGAGGAAACUGAACCUUGAAAUAAAAAAACUUGAGCGGGAGGUGAGUUUCACCUUCAGUGUACACUGUAUGCUGACUGUAACACAGACAAUCUAUUAAUUAUUAUUCUCCUUUCCUCACCCAGCUUCAAGAAGAAGAAUCUUAAAUAAAAGAUCAAAAGACCUUCUGUGGUGUUUGCUUGUUUAAUUUGUGCACAGUUAGGUGGGAUUGCAGAUUGUAUUCCACAGUCUGACAUAAUGCCUAGUGUCAUCUCUAUGGUAGCCCCAAGUGCUUUGAUUGGUUAGAAGUCACACACCAAAGACUGGCUGUAUUAAGACAAAAAGAAAUGCACAUAAUGUACCUGAAAUGCUAUUUCCCAGAUAUCAAAACACUUUAUGGCAGAAGUUGAGCAGUGUGAAGGUCAAACAGGGAGCAUUUUAAUCAAUUAUCUAUUCUUUAAGGCAAUAGGUAUCCUGAUAAUUAGAUAACCAUUUGUAGCUUGUGAGAGUGCAAAGGUGUUCCUCAUUAAAUCUAGCGAUCCAAUAGCCUAUAUGAAGGCCCAAAAUGGUGUGUUCCUUCCUGCUCAAACAAUGGCGUGUCCAUUCCUGCAAGAGGUUGUGGAUGAAGAAGCUCUUGUGCUCAGGAGAGCCUUCAGGCGGGAGAGGGUCUUCAGGGACAGGGCGAACCCAUUGGCCUUCCCUGAUGACCACCUACACGAAAGAUAUAGGUUUUCUGCAGAUGGCAUCCGAUAUCUGUGCAGACUGCUGGGUCCCAGGAUCCAACACCACACAGCACGGAGCCAUGCGCUGAGUGUUGAGCAAAUGGUGUGUGUGGCCUUGCGCUUCUUUGCAAGUGGGGGCUUCCUGUACUCAGUGGGGGAUGCUGAAAACCUGGCCAAGGCCACAAUUUGCCGUGUGGUGCGUAGUGUCUGUCUAGCCCUCAAAUCACUAUCAGGUGUCUUCAUCUCCUUCCCUGGACACAGAAGACUCAGUGACAUCAAAGAGGAUUUUUAUAGGAUUGCAGGUUUCCCCAAUGUCAUUGGUGCACUUGACUGCACCCAUAUCAGAAUAAAAUCCCCCUCAGGUGCCCAUGAGGGAGAUUUUGUGAACAGGAAAUCCUUUCACAGCAUUAAUGUUCAGAUGGUCUGCAAUGCUGACUACCUGAUCAGCAAUGUUGUGGCAAAGUGGCCUGGCUCAGUCCAUGACUCACGAAUCUUUCGGUCCUCUGCAGUCUAUCGGCGCCUGUCACAAGGUGAAUUCUCUGGUGUGCUGCUGGGGGACAGAGGCUAUGCCUGCGAGCCUUUUUGCCUCACACCCUACGCAGACCCUCAGGAAGCACAGCGGGCAUAUAACGAUGCCCAUGCCAGGACAAGGGCUCGGAUCGAGAUGACCUUUGGCCUCCUGAAGGCACGCUUCCAGUGUCUGCACCAUCUGAGGGUCAGUCCAGACAGAGCAUGCGAUAUUACUGUGGCCUGUGCUGUCCUCCACAAUGUGGCCUGCCUGAGGAAGGAGAGGGCCCCCAGAGUGCCAUCAGAUGUGGACUGGGACAAUCCGGCCAUCUUCCCGGAUGACGACAGUGGUCGGCUGAUCAGGGACCAAUACGUUUUGAAUUAUUUCAGUUAAAAUGCAUUCUGCACAUUUAAGUUGAAUAUGGCCUGCAAUAGCAGAGGAAUUUGUGUUAUUUUAUAUUAAUUUGGCUUAUUGUGCUGUGUACUGUGUGUAUACAGGCCUGACAUUUGUUCAUUUGUUAAGUAUGGAUUUGUCCUGCAUUUAUUCCAGUGUGCAGACAUGCAGGGUGUUUUAUAUACAGACCUUUGAGAAUGUGUAUUUAUUCUUGUGAUGAAUAAUAUGCUUUGAUUCAGUGCUUUCUAUCUUGUAGAGCACUGUGUGACGUCACUUUUGAAAGGAACUGAUGGAUUACUUGCUUUGAUUUAUCCUAUUCAAUAAAGGAACAUCAUGUCAUCAUG